UAUCAGCGCUCCGAUACCGUCUAGGAUGGAGAGGCGGCGGCGCUGUGUUGCAUGCCAAGCAUGCCAAAAUCAUCCUACCCACUUGCCAGCAUCGGCUGGAUUAACGCUGCUGGGUGGGCCGCCUGGCGGUGGGCGCUGCGAGUGAUGUGCCGCCUCCGGUGGGGCGGCAGGGGCCUGCGCGGGAGCCGCCACCACCGCUGCGGGCGGCGCGGUUCAGCCGCCGGACGUGCGCAUGCCUGCUUGGGCGCCGCAGUGAAGCACGAGACCGCGAGGCAGCUCAAUGAGGCGACGAUGCCUGACAAGCAUGCUGCUUCCGCUGGUGGAGGAGCUGUUCUGGCUAACGGGAUUCUUCCGCAAGUGCGACUGCAGAGCGGCCUGUUAUUCAGUUGCCUUUGCGAAGGGUCGGAUCAGCCCAAGACCGCUUCCUGGUGGCGUAGGCAGCGCUGGAUGUAUGCGCGGUUGCUGUACGGCCUCCGCAGUGCCGUGUGGUGUGCUGACGUCUGGCGGUGCAGUGGUGUGCCGCGUGGACGACUUGCGGGUGUGCACGGAGACGGCGGAGGAGCACGAGCGGGUCUUGCGUCGGCUGUUGGAGAUGCUACGAGCCAGUCGCAUUGAGCUUCACCAGAAGAAGACGCAGCCCGCAGCUGAUUCGGUGGAGUUCCUGGGUCAUGGCGGGAGCGGACGGGUAUUGCUGCGUACGUGGCGGCUCUUUCAUGCGGUCGUCAGCUUGGAUCGCAACGGCCUGAUGUGCUUUACCAGAAUACGGACGCCCUCAGCCGAGCCCAGUGCCGUCGACGCAUGAUGGCGUGGGCGGCGCGGAUGGAUCACGACUCCGGUCCGGUGCCAUUGCGACAGCGGCAUGUGCUGCCGUCAGUGGGUCGCAGCUGGCCGUCGUAGGUUGCAGCCAGGCAGACGUGGGAAACUGGCGGCAGAUGUGGGGGCCGCGCUGUGGUGCAAGGGCGGCCCCGAGGGCACUGGCGCACUGACGGCGGCGGCGGCGAAAGCAGCACCAGCGCUGCGGUGUGCAGCAGCGGUGACGGCCGCGGCAGCUGCUGUUGGUGGAGAUGGAUGUCGUACCGCUGCUUGAAUGCAUAUUGCAGCUGCAUGUGAGCAGUCGGCUAGGCGGGAGCAGCGCUGGGGCCUGACCAAUCUUCUCAGUACCAACACCUGUGGACUGCUGCUGCUGCUGCACCGAUUCUGGUGGCGGCGGCAUAUGGCCCGCAACGGGUGCGGCUGGCGGCAGUGGCGGGUGCAGGUGCGGCGGCGGCGGCGGUGGAACCAGGUGGUUCCUGGCGGCCUGAGCUGCUGCGCACAUUGGUAGGGUUGCUAGAUGCAGACCGGUGGACCAGCGGCAGCAGUGGCAGCGCCGCCUCCGGCCCUAUCAGCAGCGGUGGUGGCAGUGACGAC